CGCCGGCUCUUCUGAGAGCGGCGCGGCCGGAGACCGUUGGUUUGCGCGGCAGUGCUUUUUCAAUCACCGUUUUGUUUUUUUAAGCCAACUCACCAUCCCUGCGCCUGUCAGCGGACAAACUUCCGUCAGCCGUGACCUCUGUAAAAUAGUUUGCCCUGGCCGCAGCCGCUCUGUCGGAGCGACCCGGGACGGACCCCUGCGCGGUGGGAGUGAGUGGGCCGAGGAGCGGCGCCCGGCCGCCGGCGUCGCAGACAGCGCGUCUGGAGAAGAGCCGCCCCGGGGCCCGGGAGUCGUCCGCAGACCGCAGCCUGGCUUCUCCCCGUGGCGAUGCUGCCGGGUGGCACCCCACGGGAGUCUGAAGCUGUUCUUCCGAAGCCCUGGACUCGUUAAACUCCGAGAAAAGUCACCAUCCAUGUAAUGGAUUUUAUAGAUCAUAUUGCUUUAUUCUGAAUAUCAUGGUAACAAUACAGGAAGUAUCCAUAAUUUCUCAUUUCUACAAGUAGUCAUGACUGCUGAAGAAAGAAAGUUUUAAAGCCACAGCACAAUUUACUUGGUACCUUUCAUGGAAUUUCUGAUUUUUUUGUUUGUUUAAUUUUUGGUAACUUUGCUAAAGGUAUGAACCAGCAAAGAACUUAUCUUGUUAGGCAAGUCCACAGUAGUAAGAAUGCCUAGAAGAGGACUGAUCCUGCAUACCCGGGUCCACUGGCUGCUGCUGGGCCUAGCAUUGCUCUGCAGUUUGGUAUUAUUCAUGUACCUUCUGGAAUGUGCCCCUCAAAAUGAUGGAAGUGCAUCUCUUCCUGGUGUCAUUGGGGAAAAUUAUGGUAAAGAGUAUUACCAAGCCCUCCUACAGGAGCAAGAAGAACAUUAUCAAACAAGAGCAGCCAGUCUGAAACGCCAAAUUGCCCAACUAAAACAAGAAUUACAAGAAAUGAGUGAGAAGGUGAGAUCAUUUCAAGAGAGGAAAAAUGCAGGGGCUAAUGGCAUCAGCUAUCAAGGCAACAAAGAGCAAACACCAAGUGACCUAUUAGAGUUUCUUCAUUCCCAAAUCGACAAAGCUGAAGUUAGUGUAGGAGCCAAACUGCCCAGUGAAUAUGGGGUCAUUCCCUUUGAAAGUUUUACCUUAAUGAAAGUAUUUCAAUUGGAAAUGGGUCUCACUCGCCACCCUGAAGAAAAGCCAGUUAGAAAAGACAAACGAGAUGAAUUGGUGGAAGUCAUUGAAGCUGGCUUGGAGGUCAUUAAUAAUCCUGAUGAAGAUGAUGAACAAGAGGAUGAGGAGGGUCCUCUUGGAGAGAAACUCAUAUUUAACGAAAAUGACUUCAUAGAAGGUUAUUAUCGCACUGAGAGAGAUAAGGGCACACAAUAUGAACUCUUCUUCAAGAAAGCAGACCUUAUGGAAUAUAGACAUGUAACCCUCUUUCACCCUUUUGGACCUCUCAUGAAAGUAAAGAGUGAGAUGAUUGACAUUACUAGAUCAAUUAUUAAUAUCAUUGUUCCACUUGCUGAAAGAACUGAAGCAUUUGCACAGUUUAUGCAGAACUUCAGGGAUGUUUGUAUUCAUCAAGACAAAAGGAUUCAUCUUACAGUGGUGUAUUUUGGUAAAGAAGGAUUGUCAAAAGUCAAGUCUAUCCUAGAAUCUGUCACAAGUGAGUCUAAUUUUCACAAUUACACCUUGGUCUCACUGAAUGAAGAAUUCAAUCGUGGACGAGGAUUAAAUGUGGGUGCCCGAGCUUGGGACAAGGGAGAGGUCUUGAUGUUUUUCUGUGAUGUUGAUAUAUAUUUCUCAGCCGAAUUCCUUAACAGCUGCCGAUUAAAUGCUGAGCCAGGUAAGAAGGUGUUUUACCCUGUGGUGUUCAGCCUUUACAAUCCCGCCAUUGUUUAUGCCAACCAGGACGUGCCACCACCUGUAGAGCAGCAACUGGUUCACAAAAAGGAUUCUGGCUUUUGGCGAGAUUUUGGCUUUGGGAUGACUUGUCAAUAUCGAUCAGAUUUCCUGGCUAUUGGUGGAUUUGACAUGGAAGUAAAAGGUUGGGGUGGAGAAGAUGUUCACCUUUAUCGAAAAUACUUACAUGGUGACCUUAUUGUGGUUCGGACUCCAGUUCCUGGUCUUUUCCACCUCUGGCAUGAAAAGCGCUGUGCUGAUGAACUGACCCCUGAGCAGUACCGCAUGUGUAUCCAGUCCAAAGCCAUGAACGAGGCCUCUCACUCCCACCUGGGGAUGCUGGUCUUCAGAGAGGAAAUAGAGACGCAUCUUCAUAAACAGGCAUACAGGACAAAUAGUGAAGCUGUUGGUUGAUGUGAUCAUUAACACAUUACAGUCUGAACCACAAACCAGCACUAUUUAUUUAGCCUUAAUUCUUGUUCCAGAUGCAGUGCCUCUUUCAGAAAAGACGCGUUUGUUUUUCAUGUUCUUUCUGGCAUUACUUUUUCAGUCAACUUAAUAUGAAAAGGAAAAAAAUGGUGUUUCAUAUCAAAGCUUCUGUUUGAUGAGACUACUACACUAUGGAAAAAUUAACUAUUGAAAUCUGGUGUUGGUCUCCAGAGUAAUCUUGAGUUAGUUUCUACCUGGAACCCAUGUUCGGAUUGCAUGUGGGCUUGCAGUACCCUGAUUGCGUCCAAAUAGAAGAUGGAAUGUGCUGGGCUGAUGGUGGGUUGCACACAGCACAUUCCUACAAAAGGGGUGGAAUGCUACAAACAGAUGUAGCACGUAGAUAGGCUCUUCACCUGCUUACCAUUAAGUCAGCCCACUUGGUUUUUAGAUGAAGAGCUUUGGUUGAUAGUGUAAAGAAUCCUUUUUUAUUGAAACAGAUGAUAAUUAAAUGACAUAUUUAAUUAUCCUCAACCAAUCAAGAAAAGGUAGAAAUCAAAGCCCCUUAACUCAAUGUUCUACCCGUUGAAUGUCUUAUUUUUAAAUAAAUGGGUUUUAGUAGAAAAUAAAUUAGAAUCUAAAAAAUAUAUAUAUCUAUGGCUUGAUUAAAAAAUGUAAUGUAUUCUUACAUUAUCAUCAUGUUCAGGAUUAGUAGUCAAAGUUCUAUAGACUGUUUCGAACAAACAAAUAAACAUGGAAGCAUUUUUAACAGAGAAUUUAAUUAUGUUGGAGCACAGAAUACUAGCUAUGUCUGGAGACACUAGUUUAUGUGAGCCCUAUACAAGGACCUUCUUGUGGUAAUUCAGAACAGAUGACUAUAGUAUGGUUUUGUGUGAUUUUUGCUUAGUGUUGUCUCAUUUAGCAUGGAUCCAUAUGUAUUUAUUAUCCUUUAUUUUCUAAUAUGUUGGCAUAGGCUACAUCUGUAUUUGCAUUAUUUUAAUACUUUUGAGUUGAAAGGUGUCCACUGAGGGGAGGG